AAAUUAUAAACCUGCCUCUCGUUACUCUUACCGAUUCUCAGAGAGACUUUUGACUGAUUCAAUGCCCCCAUCACUUUCAUUCUCUCAAACCUUGAUUCGAUCCAUGUCUUCUUCCUGCUCCGAAACCCUAGUCUUGUUCAAUCUCUCUUCGAUCUCCAACCUCUGAUUUUGAGGAAUUUUCUUCAAUACUCCCAGCAUCAUCAAUGGCGUCACCGGAGGUGGAAGAUGCGAAGAGGUGGGAAGAAGUUCUGAGGAAGAUGUUACCUGCCGGAGCUCCAUUGCCUAACGAAGAACAGCUCGAUUACUCCAUCGCGAUUGAGUACGACGGCCCUCCUGUGCCUUACCAGGUCCCCAAGGUCGAUCCACUGGACGUCGAUUCCAUCUCCAUUCGCACCUCUUCAAUCGUUUCCGUUUCCGAAUGCGUACCAGUUGUCCCUGUUGCUGUCCCGAUCGCGAAGCUUUCGAGGUUCAACAAAGGCGGAAGAAGCACGAGUCCAAUGGAGGUGAAUCGGAGAUCGUCGUCGCUUUCGCGGAGUCAACAGGAGUUGCAGAAUGAGGAUUUGGAGGAAUUGGCUGCAAGAGAUGAUGAAAAGGAGGAGUUUUAUUCGGCUAAUCCAUCGCUGGCUCGAGAUCCGAAUUCGGUUUAUGCUUCGAGUGUUGCUAGUUCGAUUCGCAGACCUGUGGUUGAAGCAAGACGAGCUGUAGUGACUUUCGAUACGGACAAGGAUGAAGAGGAUGAGUUAUCUUCAGAGAGGUCGAGCGUCACUGAUAUUGCAGCGUCCCCUGUUGUGGCUCGGAGUAGAGAGAAGCGGUUGCUGAGGAAGAGUGGGGUUUGCAGUAGGUGUGGGAGACGUAACCGGUUAAGGGAGAGAGAGGCUUGUAUUGUGUGUGACGAAAGGUAUUGUAGCAAUUGUGUGCUCAAGGCCAUGGGGUCGAUGCCUGAAGGGAGGAAGUGCGUGAGCUGUAUUGGGCAACCCAUUGAUGAGUCGAAGCGGCCAAGUUUGGGGAAAUGUUCGAGGAUGUUGGCGAGGGUCUGCAGUCCUUUGGAGAUCAGGCAGAUUAUGAAAGCCGAGAGGGAGUGCUCGGCGAAUCAGCUUCGACCCGAGCAGCUUGUUGUGAAUGGAAGACAGUUACGGCAAGAAGAAUUGGCGGAGGUUUUGGGUUGCCUGAUGCCUCCUCAGAAGUUGAAACCUGGGCGGUACUGGUAUGACAAAGAUUCUGGGCUUUGGGGGAAGGAGGGAGAGAAGCCUGACAGGAUUAUAACUUCCAAAUUGAAUGUUGGGGGUAAACUUCGGCCGGAUGCGAGCAACGGCAAUACAAAAGUUUAUAUGAAUGGUCGCGAAAUCACGAGAAUUGAGUUCAGGGUAUUGAAGCUGGCCAACGUUCAGUGUCCGCGAGAUACUCAUUUUUGGGUGUACGAUGAUGGGUCAUAUGAGGAAGAGGGUCAAAACAAUAUAAAAGGGAACAUAUGGGGAAAGGCAUCCAUUCGUUUCAUUUGUUCGUUAGUAUCAUUGCCUGUGCCUCCUCUAAAUCCUUAUGUCCCAAAAGAAGAUCCAACGACAUAUUCAGGUAGAUCUGUGCCUGAGUAUUUAGAGCAUGGAAGAGUUCAGAAACUUCUGCUGUUUGGGUUAGAGGGGUCUGGGACAAGCACUAUCUUCAAGCAGGUUGAUUUCAUUUAUUCUGUUUUGGUUUGCUUUUUGUAUUAUAUUCAGUUCUAUGGUCACGUGGAAUCUUGUCGAUCACCUAUAAAUUUUCCAUGAAUCUGGGUCUUUGUG